CUCUGUCGGCAGAAAGACCAAGGGACAAGAGGAGGAACAGCGUGUGAAGACGGGCCUCUUAGGGCUCUGAGGGAAGCAUCCAAAGCCAGCUGGUCUGGCUUUGAGGUAAAUCAAUGGGCAGAGUGAAACAAAGGCAGCAGAAAGAAGAGGAAGUGUUGUAGACAGAAAGAAAGGAAGAGAUAAAGAAAGCCAAACCUUGUAGGGGGGGAGUGGAGCUUGGAACAGCAGGUUCUGUGAAGGUGUUUGUGCAACAACGACAAACAGAUUGUGGUGUGGUCUGUCGAAGAGUGCAUUGCGAAGACCAAAUAAAGAGUGUAUACAAGAAGAGAGACUGUUGCACGAUGUGCUAGGAGAGUGCGGGAAGAAAUCGUGUUGUUUUUCUGAUAUUGUUGAGGUGUCAGAGAGACUGGAAAGGACGUAGCCAUGGGGCGGAAGAAGAUACAGAUCACCAGGAUCAUGGAUGAGAGGAACAGGCAGGUUACCUUCACAAAGAGGAAGUUUGGCCUGAUGAAAAAGGCCUAUGAGCUGAGCGUACUAUGUGACUGUGAGAUAGCCCUCAUCAUUUUCAACAGCUCUAACAAACUGUUCCAGUAUGCCAGCACAGACAUGGACAAAGUGUUGCUGAAAUACACAGAGUACAACGAGCCCCAUGAGAGCAGAACCAACUCUGACAUUGUAGAGAAAUUGAGAAACAAAGGCCAUAAUGACUGUGCUAGUCCUGAUCCUGAAGACUGUUUCGGGCACAGCCCCCUCAUGGACGACCAUUUCGGCAAACUAAACGAAGCGCUAAACAAGAAAGAACACAGAGGUUGUGAUAGCCCGGACCCCGAUGCCUCAUAUGUCCUCACUCCUCACACAGAAGAAAAGUAUAAAAAAAUUAAUGAGGAGUUUGAUAAUAUGAUGAGAAAUCAUAAAAUCCCCACAGCAUUGCCUCAGCAGAACUUCUCCAUGCAUGUGGCAGUGCCCGUAUCCAAUCCUAAUGCCAUGUACCAGCCAGGAGGGACUCUGGGCAGCCAAGCCCUGGCAGCAGCCGCGGCCUCUUUGAGUGACAGUGGGAUGCUGUCCCCUCCACAGGCCUCUCUGCACAGGAAUGUGGGCUCAAGUGGAGGACCCCAGAGGCCCACCAGUGCAGGGAACGGUUUUGUUAACCCCAGGGGCUCUCCGGGCAUCCUCAGCACACCCAGCGGCAAUGGCCUGGGUAAAGUCAUGCCCACCAAGUCUCCACCACCCCCUGGAGGGAACAUGGGAAUGGGAGGCCGCAAGCCAGACCUAAGGGUUGUUAUCCCUCCAUCUAGCAAAGGGAUGAUGCCCCCACUGUCGGAGGAGGAGGAAAUGGAUUUGAACACCCAGAGGAUAAGCAGCUCCCAGUCCACCCAGUCGCUGGCCACUCCAGUAGUGUCUGUCACCACCCCAAGCUUACCCCCACAGGGCCUGGUCUACUCGGGAAUGACUACCUCCUACAACCCUGCUGAGUUCUCCCUGAGCAGUGCAGAGAUCUCUUCCCUACAGGGCUUCAGCUCUCCUGGGCUCUCACUGGGCUCCAUGUCGGCAUGGCAACAGCAUCAACUGGGCCAGGCAGCUCUUAAUUCUUUGGUUGGUGGAGGUCACCUACCUCAGGGCUCCAACCUCUCCAUCAACACCAGCCAGAGCAUAAACAUCAAGUCCGAGCCCAUUUCGCCGCCACGGGAGCGUGUCACCCCAUCUGGCUUCCCCCCUCAGCAACCGCAGCAAGGGUCCAGCCGACAGGACGUUCUGGGACGUUCACCUGCAGACAGCCUCAGCUCCUCCUGUAGCUCUUACGACGGCAGCGAUCGUGAGGACCACCGGCCAGACUUCCACUCCCCGCUGGGACUGGGCAGACCCCCUCCUGGCUCUGAGGACAGGGAGAGCCCCUCGGUCAAGCGCUUGCGCAUGGACACAUGGGUGACAUAAAGAGCCCCUAUCAAGCCUCCAGUCACCAGCCAGUCAGAGAGGGGGAGGGGUUAGACAUGGAGAUACAAGAAAGAGCAAGGGUCCUUAGAGCUAUCAUUAUUAUACUAUUAUUCAACUCCAUUUCAAUUUGUAAGACUGAGUGGCAAAUGUUAUAAGACGUGUUAGGACAUAUCAAAAGUAAAUUCUCAAACUGACACUGAGUAAGAUUUAAAAACAAAUCUGUUAGCUGGACUGAAUUAUAUGCACAAGCAGGUGGUAUCAGGUACUCGGUGCAAUUCAGAUGAGGUUUGCAGAAGAAAGAUGUUCAAAGGAUAUUGUUAAACAAUAGGCGGUAGAUUAUUCUAUUAUUAUAGUCACUGGUCUAGUCAGACACUUACAUGUAGUUGCUGUAUUGCUGUUGUGCUCGCAAAUUGCAAACAAUCAGAGAAAGUUGUGUUGCUUUCAGGCUGAGGAACCUUACAUAUGAUGUUCACUGCAAGAACUAUCUUUUAAAAUCAUGCUGUAACCACACAAGACCUUUAUCUCAAGUGGCCUCUUGUAAUUUAUUGAUUCAUUCGAUCAGGAGAUACAGAGAACACAGAGUUAAUUAAGACUAUACAGUCAUUUUGAUUACACAGUAAAUAAUUGCAACAGUUGAGACAACUUUAGUGAAUAAAUGAAACAAUACUGUUGGAGGUAAAAACAAAAUAGCAACAGAAUUUAUUGCAAUAAUGACAUACUAUUCAUUUUAUAAUUUAAAAGAGUGGGAUAUAUACAUGUGCAAUUAAGAUAAUGCGAACCUGUCCAGUUGAACUGGUGAGAAAAUCAACAUGUUCACAUUUGUGUAACAGUUCAUCAGUAAUAUAAGCCAAAGCUGUUCUUUUGUGUCGUUUUGUACAGUUGCUACGGUUUCCUAACAAUUCACUCAAACGCACCAUUUCUUUCAUCAUAGUUUUAUUUUUAUUGUGCUUUAUUGCAAACAGUAUAAAGUCGUGUGAACCAGAUCUUGAAUCAAUAUCUAAAGCCAUGAAAAUUUGCUGUUCUGUUUGUUAUAAUUGAUAAUUUGAGCCAAACAGUUUCUUGUGUUGUGUAAAUAGCGACUUUAAUAUAUAUCACCAGGGGGUAAGUACAUACUGAAAGUACUGUACAACCACCGUUUUCAAGAAAAGUAUAUUUUUGUGGAUUACAGCCAAGUUUACAAGAGUAGACCCUUAAAAAGUAGAUCAUUCACUGGUCAAUAUUUGCUAUUUUGUUCAUUUUACUGUAAUCUCUUCUAAAUUGAAUUAUCAACAUAACCUCCCAUGUGUUUUACUUCCAGAUAGUCAAUUUGUUUUCUCUCUCUUUAUUCGUGAUGACCUGUUAUGUCCUGAAGACAUUGUAAUAACAAUGCUGUGAGGUUGAGGUUACACUAUUUUCAAAUUUGUGAAGGAUAGCCACAAGGCUAGGGGAAAUAGGGUUUCUUCCCUCCUAUUGUAGUUGUAUACCAGCAGCUGCUGAAUACACUGCCAGCAUUCAAA